AAUGCAUGUGAGGUGUCCAGGAAAAAGAAAAGUUGCUCUUGAGAUUGUGGUUUUGUUUCUGUAAUUACUGAACUUCUGAAAGGUGGGUGUGUGGUGGACAUCUGAAGCUCUCAAAACCAAGAGGCAGACAGCAGAAGAUGAACACAAGGCUCCCAGUGUGGUGGUAACCCUCAGCUGAAAUAGGGCCUUUGCAGGGUGGAGGCAGCACGCUGCAGCCAGGACCUGUCACAUUACUCUGAGCUCUACAGUGGGACGAGGGCACCUGAAUACAGGCUGUGAGGGGAGGGUAAGAGUGUGAGUGAGACUAGACCAAACACGGGUAAAGAAGGACACCUCUGCAGCAGCAACAGAGUCCAACUUGGGACUUAGGAGACACUUUUCCUCAAGGGGUUCGCAGCUGUGUGUUGCUAGAAUUUCUGGUUAAAAGUGCUUUAGCUCCUUUGUAAGACUUUGGAUCUGUUUGAAAAAGAGACAGCACAAUGGAUAAGGAUGCUCUACUGGACUACGAGUACCCGGACCUGGAUCCUUUGCCAAACAAAAUUGAAGCAGAAAUAAUCCCUCCAUGUGACCCAACUGCUGAUGACAGGCUCUACCACAUAUGCAUCACUGCAAUAUCUCUUGUUGUCAUGCUGAUCCUAGCAAUCUUAGCCAGGCGCAGCAAAGUGGGCGACAGACAGAAAGGCCUCCCAGGUUUACUCAGUCCGGUCAACUUCCUGGACCAUACACAGCACAAGGGCCUUGCAGUGGCUGUGUUUGGAGUACUCUUGUGCAAACUAUGGGGCCUGAUCAUAUCGCCAAACCCCCUCCCCUUCACAACAGACACAGAGAAUAAACAGAGCUGGGUGAUUCUGGGAGUCCUCUACUACCCCGCACUAUACUACCCUCUCCUGGCAUGUGGCACUUUACAUAAUAAAGUUGGCUAUGUACUUGGUAGCCUCUUGUCAUGGACGCACUUUGGCGUUCUGGUCUGGCAGAAAAUUGACUGUCCCAAAACACCUCUGAUACACAAACACUACUCCCUUUUCUCCAGCCUGCCCCAGAUAGCUUGCUUGGCAUUCCUUAGUUUCCAGUAUCCCCUUCUUCUAUUCAAGGGCUUAAAGGGCACUGAAAAGAACAAUGCUACAGAGGACCUCAGCAGCAGCUACUAUAAAGACUAUGUGAAGAAAAUGCUCAAGAAGAAGCCUACCAAAAUCAGCACAUCGAGCACAGAGACACCCAAGCUCCCCCAAAGAAUAAUUGAUGCCAUUAAGUCGUACAUUUAUACACCAGAGGAAGCUUUCCGUUUUCCACCGAAGUUGGCUAUAUCUGGUGUAGUGUCAUUUAUAACCCUGUAUCAGGUGGGUCUUCUACUGAUCUCAGCAGUGGUUCCAACUCUCCAGACUGCCCGUUUGGGAGUCGAUGAAGACAUCGCCAACCUUUUAGCUGGUUUCAAGAUUAUGCUAUCUCCAGACAAGCAUGAAGUGGUCAGAAUAGUGGUAUAUUACAUGUGGUGUGUGGAAGUGUGCUAUAUCUCAGCGAUGACCCUGUCUGCUUUGGUCAACCUGGCUAUGCUCAUGCGGUCGAUGGUCCUGCAUCGGUCAAACCUUAAGGGGCUGUACAGAGGAGAUAUCUAUAAUGUUUACAACUGCCAGAGAAGUAUCAGGGCUUCCCGGCCAGCUCUGGUCUGCUGGAUGGGAUACACCAGCUUCACGGCAGCUCACAUCUUCAUUGGCAUGAUCAUCCAGACCAUGGUGUUCUUCCUCUGCCUUCUGGUCGCUGUCUUCCUCAUUAUCAUACCUUUGCUGCACAGACAGAAUCUGAUCCUCUUUCAAAUUCUGUUGAACAUGUGGCCCUUCUGGCUGAUGAUUCUCUUGGCUGUGUUGAUUCAACAUGUCACCGGCAGGUUUUGCUUCAUUAAAAAAGUCGCAGGCACACAAGACCUUAACAACAGGGGUAAUCUGUUCCUCUUGACGUACCUGCUGUUUCCAGUCAAUGUUCUGAUCGGGGUGCUACUGGCAGUGUGGCGCAUGAUCAUCACAGCUCUGUUCAACAUUGUCCACAUGGGACGCAUGGAUAUCAGUCUUCUUAACCGCAAUGUGGAGGCGUUUGACCCAGCCUACCGCUGCUAUGCUCAUUAUCUGAAGAUUGAGGUGAGCCAGUCUCACCCCGUGAUGAAGGCCUUCUGUGGGAUGCUGCUGCAGUCUAUGGGCCAGGAGAGCAAUGCUGCACAGAGGUCACGGGACGCUGAAGAGGGGAUCCAGCUGGUCCAGCAGGAGAAGAAACAGCUCAAAGUGUCCAAUGCCAAGAGGGCCCGCAGGCACUGGCAGCUCCUCUACACCCUGGUCAACAACCCCUCCCUGGUGGGCACCAGGAAGCACUUCCAGCGUCAGACCGCAGAAAGCUUUCUGAAUGGAAGCCUUAAACGCAGCACCAAGGAGGGGAGCAAAAAGGACACAGCAACCAAGGAGGCGGAGGCUGCCGCCAGCAACUGAACAUGAAUGUGACCCCGAUUUAAGGAUUGACUGCAAAGUCUUUUUUGGUUUUGGGAAAAUGCUACAGUCAUAUUAUUUGUCGACGCCUACUGUAGAUGUGUCUACAUUUGGUAAAAUAAUUGCACUUAAAGUUCAGUGCCACAUGUAGAGAUAUUCGCCAAGCCUUUCCUGUCUGCAGAUCAUGUCCAUUUUGUGCUCUUUGUGUUCCCCUGGUUGUUUAUAUGUGAGGGACACGGUCUUCAGUCUGGUGGGACAGCUUGUGUGUGGCACUGUCGUCCCACCCAAAUUGUGUGUAAUUUUCGACACAUUUUUUGUGCUGAUUUUGGGAUAGGACUCGUUUGCUUUAUGUUUGGACCUGUAGGUUAAUCACAUAUGUUUUUCAAUAUGUUGUUAUCAUCAUAUAAUGCAGAUAAUGCAAAUUUGUUACCCAAACUAAACACAUGGAUGUACAAUCCAUUGAGCAUCCCUUUUAAAUGAGGCAUAUAUUAAUAUUUAGAGCAUUUCACUAUUUAUGAAUUUACAGAAUUAGUUAUUUUCAUAGACUGGGUAAUACAUUUCUGUCUCCAGUUAUACACAUUUUGUGUAAUUAACAAUAACCUGUGGAAUAGGAACUACCAGACAAAUGACACAGUUUGUAUUUUAUGUUUUUUUUUGUAGAUCUUUAAGUCCAAAACCACUUGCUGCUACCAGCGUUUUCUUAUUGUCGUCGAAACUUCUUUCUGGUUUCUGAUAUUCACCAACUUCCAUCGUUUGUCUCUGCAUUUCCAUUUAAAAUGCCGACACCCGAAUUGUCCUUCUGAUUACUGUGAAAAUAAA